ACAAUAAAUAAAUAAAUGAAUCUCUUUAGUUCUACUAGAAUUUUCAGGGAAAGGAAGGAGAAAUCUUACUUAUGCUAUCUAUACCUAGGCUUGAGUGAUGCUUAGGUAACAAAACAAUCUCCAGACUUUACAACAGUGAACACAUUCCUACCGGUACCACCAUACAUUAACAAUCCAAAAGGUUAGAAAUCGAUAUCACAAAACCCCCAAAUUCACAUCUUUGAGAACUCGCGCACCUUAAACACAAUAAAAUGUCCAUACCUUCAGGCGCGCCCCAACCAUCGUAUAUUCUCCGCGGACACGCUUCUCCAAUACAUGUAGCGAAGUUUAUACGUGGAAAUACGAGAUUGAUCACGGGAGAUGCGGAGGGGUGGGUUGUGCUGUGGAGUUUGGAGACGAGGAGGGGUGUGGCGGUUUGGAGGGCCCAUGAGGGGGUUUUUCUUGGGGUGGGAGAGUGCGGUGGGUGGAUUGUUACGUGAGUUUUCUUUUUUGGUUUUUUUUUAGGGGGGGAUGUGGGGGUUUGGGGGUUUUUAUGGUUUAGGGGGUGGAGGGAGAGGGGAGAGGAAUAUGUAAGGUGGAGGAGGGGUUUGGAGAUGAAUUUGGUUAUUGUGAAAUUGGAACGGGGAGAGCGGAGAAAGGAAGAAGAAUAUCAACCUGACAUUUCAUAUAGGCAUGGAAAAGAUAAUAAACUUAUUAUAUGGAAAGUUCCUCAAUCAGAAGAAGACUCGAUGAGUAAAGUUCUUCCAGUCGAUACUGUGUCGGAAGAGAGAAGAAAACCUUGGAUAUUACAUAUUUUAGAUGUUAACACAAUGAAUUUUUGUGCGUUCGCCAUGUGUCAUUUGGUUACGGUAAUAAACCCGAAGGAGCGUGAGGAGAACGAAGAAGAAGAUGAAGCUCAAAUAGGGAUGGAAAAGGAAGAGGAGAAUGAAGAACAAUUAUUAAUCGCUGUUCCAAAUACAUUGACUUCUGAAUCCGUAAGUAUCCCUCUACACGAGAUUAGAACCGUAAACUAACAGUUAAUUCUAGAUCGAUAUCUUUCAUAUCCCAACUCUCCACCGCAUUUACAAUAUUCCUUCAUCUGGCCCAGAUAAACCUGGCAUGAUAAUGUGUCUCUCGCUCUUUUUCCACCCGGUCACCAAAUGCUUAACCGUGAUAUCUGGUUAUGAAGAUGGCUCUGUCUCUAUUUUUGCUCUAUCCCCUCCUUCCGCUCCAUCGUCAUCCUUUUCCACUCAACCCCGAUCUUUCCCAGAACAAUGGAACACCAUAUACCACUCAAAAUCUCACAUUCAACCCAUUCUCUCACUUUCCGUUGAUCCGAGUCCGGAUCGUAAAUUCUUCAUCUCUAGCGGUGCUGAUGACCGAAUUAUCAAAUAUCUGAUCCCUACAACCACAACUCCUUUCUCUCUUUCAACAUCGACCUCCAAAUCAACAUUAAUUUCUACCAAAGACGAGCCCAAAAUCCUUAAAUCCGCACACGCAGGACAACAAAGUAUCGAAAUCCGAAACGAUGGGAAAAUAGCCGUGACAGCUGGAUGGGAUGGAAGAGCAAGGGUAUACGGAGUUACAAAGAUGAGAGAAUUAGCGGUGCUGAAGUGGCAUAAGGAGGGAUGUUUUGCGGUGGCUGUUGCAGAUGUUUUAGAAAGGGAUACGGAUGGGGAAAGUGCUGCAGAUGGUAAAGGGAGGGAGUUGGUAGGUAGAAUUGGACAAUUGGAUGUUAAGGGGGAGAGAUUGAGGAAGGCGAGGGAAACUCAUUGGGUUGCUGUGGGGGGGAAGGAUGGAAAGGUUAGUUUGUGGGACGUUUAUUGAUGGAUUUGUGGAUUAAUUGAUUAAUCUGUCAAUGAAUGAAUGAAUUCGCGCUCGUGUGGUUUUGAUAGUU